AGACGGCCUAACCGGAACCAAGCUCGAGCUUCUAACGUGCACAGCAUUCCUCAUUUGACAACAAAACUCCAAUAACAAAGCACUCUGCUUCACGCGCCUCCUCUAACCUAGCAGUAUCUCCGCCUGUCGCCAUGCCGUGGCUGCCUCCAUCAAUAUCCGAAAUUGUCCCACAUCUCUUCAUCGGGAAUCUAUCCAGCUCGAUGAAUCUAGACACCCUACGCGAGAACAAUAUUAACGCGAUCGUGUCGCUUCUUGACGGCCCUUAUGCAAAAUGGAACGAGCCAGAAAACAGGAAACUGGUGCCCAAAGAGAGGCACCUAUUCGUCCCCUGCUUGGAUAGUUCGACCAUGGAUGUCCUCGCCCUCAUGUCAGAUGUCUGCGACUUCAUUGACAAACACCUGCACACUCCUAUCUUUCCUCUAUUGCCGGAAGAGGGCGCGCAAAAUGACAGCCAUAACGGUAUCGGUGAAGAAACUCCCUCCACAGGCAACGUACUGGUCCACUGUAAAGUUGGCGUUUCUCGUUCAGGGACUUUUGUCCUGGCCUACUUGAUGAGAAAGCGUCACGAUGACCUUGACUCAGUUCUCAACGAAGUCAAGGGGAAGCGAAAUAUCAAACCAAAUUAUAACUUCCUGGAGCAGCUGAAGGUUUGGGAGGUUGUGGAGUACCAGGUGUGGAAAGAUCCGAUACGAAAUAUUCCGAAGGAGCCUUAUCGAGCCUACCUAAACAGGCGAGCGGCUAGGCUUGCGACCAAAGGACUGACGGGUAACGAGCCUACUGUGAUGACGAGUCUUUGAGUUGUGUAGAUGUUGACAAUAGGGAAACUCCUUGUAUUAUGGUACACUACUGGAAGGUCGUGGCUGUUGCCGAAUGUAAGACGAUAAUAAUGAAUUCUGUUAUGAUCCUG